AUGGCAAAAGUUUUACUGGCGCUGAUUGCCGUGUGCUUCGUUCCCGCCAUUUCCGGCUCCAGAAUCGUCGGCGAACCAUAUAUCGUGAAGGGCUCCGUCUACUGCGACACCUGCCGCUGCGGUUAUGAGACCGACGCCACUAAGUAUAUGGCCGGGGCUACAGUGAGAAUCGAGUGCCGGAACAGGGACACGGCCCAGGUGACUUACCGGAGCCAAGAGGCAAUAACCGACUCGAAAGGCAGCUACACAAUCAAGGUCUAUGGGGAUCGUGGGGACGAUUAUUGUGAUGUGGUUCUGGUUAGGAGCUCCGACCCGCUUUGCAGCACGCCCAAUAUGGGUCGUGACCGGGCCCGAGUGAUCCUCACGGAUAACAACGGCAUGACCUCAUAUGUUCGACACGCCAAUAACAUGGGCUUCCUUGCAGCUACCCCACUCUCCAACUGUGGCAAGAUCCUCAUGAAACACAAAACUCCAACCAUCCUCCACAAUUGUUCGUCGGGGGUCCUCCUCCUGGAAUCCCACUGGGUCUUGUCGCGACUGUUCGAGACGGCGGAUACCCAAGGAGUGGAAGCACGGGUGCGAGACGUUUACUCGCUGCAGAUUUGA